AUGAAAGCAAAUGAGAAACAAGCUGCCUGCAGGCUCAAACCACCAGUUCAAUUAUACCGCGACGGUUAUGAUACCGGUGAGAGAUUCAUCGUUGAGCAAUUGAAUCAAAGUGAUAUAUUCGCCUUCAAAGUUAAACGUCAAUCAACAAACGCUGUUGUAUGGGAUACAUCUAUUGGUGGAUUAUUCUUUGCCGAUCAAUUCAUUCAGAUUGCUGCAUUUGUCGGAUCAUCUGAGAUUUACGGUAUUGGCGAGAACAUUCAGCACACACUGAGGCAAAAUGUGCAAGAUUAUCACACAUGGGGUAUACCAGCCAGAGACAAUCAGCCUUACUCCUCCUCUGAUGGACUUGGACCCUAUCGAAGAAAGAAUUUAUUUGGUAUGCAACCGUUUUACAUGGCUUUCGAACGUGACUAUAAAGCGCAUGGCGUCCUCAUAUUCAAUUCAAAUCCGCAGGACAUAACAAUUGGCCCAGCACCUCAUCUUAUUUAUCGCACUAUUGGUGGCAUGUUGGACAUUUACUUUUUCCCAGGCCCUACUCCCGAAGAUGUUAUUCGUCAAUAUACAGCUCUCGUUGGACGGCCUGCGUUGCCCGCAUAUUGGGAACUUGGAUUUCAGAUGAGUAAUAGUGGUUGGCAAAAUUUGACCGCAAUGCAGAAUAUUGUUAAUGACUUCAAUCGACUGAACAUUCCGCUAGAUGUGGUCUAUGCGGACAUUGAAACGAUGGAUGGUUAUGAAGAUUUCACAAUUGGAUACGUAAAUUUUGCUAUUGUUCUUUAUGCUUUUCUAAUAUCAAUCUAUUAUCAUUCCAUUAUCGUACUAUGA